CGUUGUGUUUAAAAAUACUGGACUAUGGAGUGGAGUACGGAGACGGCAUUAAAGUUAAUAGAGUGUUUUCGCGAACGGGAAUGUUUAUGGGACCCUACGAACUGCGAUUAUAAAAACAAAUUGAAAAGAUUAGACGCUUGGAGGGAAAUAAGUGAGCUGUUAGAAAGAAAUGUGAACGAUGUAAGAAAGAAAAUGGAGUCUUUACUGACAUCUUUUCGCCGUGAACGACAGAGAGAAGCGAACCAAACUGGGAGUGGUUCUGAUGAAGUAUACAGAUCGACGUGGUUUGCAUUUAGCAGUAUGGGCUUCCUGCACGAUAAAGUCGCAACGAAAAAAUCAGGAACACAGAGGAGUUUCCAUAACAGGACACUGAGGAAAGACAUAUCAACACCGAGGGGAAGCGGCAAUGCUACUGCAAAACGAAGCUAUAAUGAAGAGACAGAUGGUGACGACAAGGGCAAAGAUGAACCAGCGACAACACCAGACAGCUGUAAGAAGUCUCGCAUCUCAGAUCCCUCUGCACCGAACCAAAGUAAUCAUUCAAGGGCAGACAUGGCUUACGACUUAAAUCUGGAACUCAACGAAAAGCGAUGUCUACGUGAUGAAAGUUCUAUUUACGGGGACUAUAUUGCAGCCAAACACAGAAAAUACAGCCAGCAUACCAAAAGUGUAGUGGAGCAUUUGGUCGGACAAAUCCUUUUCAAAGCUGACAUGGGUUUAUAUGAGACGGAAUUCACUACACCGCAUCCGCAACCUCAAAAUAGGUUCUAUAAUUCUAAUAAGCAACAUGUCAGUAGUACCCAUACCAGGCCAUCUCCUUCAUUGCUACAGACAUACAGUGCCCAAUCCCCAUCCACAUCCAAUGCUUUCCAAACCAACGAUGCUGAACUACACCAAAACACUUGCACGCCUAGAACCGAUACACCACCACCACAGUCGAUUUAUAAAGUUUCACCAGUUCCCCCUGAAGACUCAGAUCUUUCACCGUAGUAACAAUAUACAACAAAAAGUAAAUGUAACUACAAAAUGCUCAAUUUUCUAAAAUUAGUAUCUUACUUUUUACUGCAAGGGUUAUUCAAUAAUUAGAGACAAAUUGGUCUGGAGAAAAAGGCGUUUAUUUUUACAAAACAAUACUUUUUCUACGUUCCAACAUAAUCCCCCUGAACAUUUAUGCAGUUGUUCCAACGGACUACAAGCUUUUUUAUUCCGGCUGCAAAGAACUCUUUAUCUUGGUGUUUGAACUAAUUUCCCACAAACUUUUUCAAGCCCUCGUUGUUCUGGAACCUUUUCCCACGUAAUGCCUCCUUUAGUUCACCAAACAAAUGGAAAUGACUAGGUGCUAAAUCAGGAUUGUAAGGGGGAUGAGGCAGUACUUCCCAUCCCAUUUUGAUGAUGGUGUCACGGAUAUUUGGGCAAUAUGAGGACGUGCGAUGUCUUGCUGGAGAAUCACACCUCUCCUCUGAGAUCCACGACGUCUCUCUCUGAUGGCUGGCUUCACCUUGUUUAAAAGCAAAUCCGAGUAGUAUUGGCUGUUGAUUAUACACUGCUCUUCGAGAUAAUCACAAAAACUGGACCUUCAGUAUUCCAAAACACCGUCUACAUGACUUUUCCUGCUGAUGCUUGGGGUUUGAAGUUUUUCUUGAGGGGUGAGUUGGUGUACUUCCACUCCAUGCUUUGUCUUUUUGAUUCUGGCUCUUAAUGGUGAAGCCAAGUUUCAUCACAAGUUAAAAUUUUGUUGAGGAAGUGCUAACCUUCCCUUUCAUAACGUUCGUUUAGCACUGUGCACACUUUCAACCUUGUUUCCUUGUGUAGCCGGGUCAACUCCUUUAGGCGCCAUCUUACACAUGUUUUGCGGUACUUCAGCUUCUUAUAGAUAAUGUCACGAACUGUACCAGUACUAACUUCAGCCUUAUCAACUAUCAUUUCCACAGUCACACGGCGGUUGACACGAAUAAUGUCAUCAAUUCGACUUUCAAGUGAGGGAGUAGAAACUGCAACUGGUCGGCCAGAACGGUGUUCUUCAGUCACUGAGUCGCGACCACUUUUGAACUGCUCUACCCACUUGUAAAAAUUUGCACGAUUCAUACAAUCUUCACCAUGAACUUUAGACAGCUUUUUCCCCGGAACAAUUUGCCUCUUAAAUUAUUGAAUGACCCUCGUACAUAUGUGUACAGUUACAGCUUAUGUUGUGUUCCGUUUCGUGAAUAAACGCAAUAGUACCAAUCUCUAAG